AUAAUGAAGGCUCGCGAUGAUUGGUCAUUCCCAGGCACUUAUUGAUGACGCAAAAUUUACACGCCUGGCUUUUGUGUGUUUAGUGUUUGUGAAACAUUAAGCACAUUUACAGUUUAUCAGUCUGAUUUGAACUACAAACACAAUGAGUAAAAAGGGUAAUGUAUCAUGGGUGAAGCCAGCCGAACCAUCUUUUUUGAAGAAAUUUAAGAAUGAUGUUGGUUAUAAAGAAGGGCCGACAGUGGACACUAAGAAGCAGCAGAUGCCGCAGUGUGAUGAUGCUGACAGUGCUGACAGUGAUCGGGAGGACGAGAUGCCGCAGGUCGUGGUCUUGAAGAAGGGAGAUCUGAGUGCUGAAGAGGUUCUGAAUGUCAAAAAAGAUACAAAGAAGGACACAGAUUCAGACACAGAUGAACAGCCUCCAUCUGAUGGAAAGAUCGUCUUUAAGAAGCCUGUCAAACGCUCCUCUGAUAAAUUCAAAGGCAUUACGGCCAGCUCUAGCAAGAAGAAGAAAAGCGAGGAUGGUGACAAGAAAGAGUCAAAAGCUGGUGUGAAGGUGAAGAACAACAGUCUGCUGUCCUUUGGUGAUGAUGAUGAUGAUGAAGACUAGUUUGACAUCGAUUCAAGUAUUUCUUCAGGUCAGAUUGUGUCUCAGACUGUUUCUUGAAAUGACCAAUCUGCUCUUUUAAAAAUAUAUUUGUGUGUGUGUAGAUGGUGAUAGAUGUAUAUUGAUGUUUGUGAGAGUGAUCAAGUCCAUGCAGCUUAAUUAAUUUUGUUAAAUAAUUUUGUUAAACAUAUGAGUCAUUAUGAGCCUCUGAAGGAUCAUCAAUAGCAGGAAGGAACUAUAUAUAACAACAUCAGAACCAUUAAUAACGACAGUUUUAAAAACUGUGACGAUAAACGUAUGGACAAAAAACAAUCAGAAAUGAAAAUAUGAAUGGAACAGGUUGAUUUCAAAGAGGCUAUUCAGUGUUUCAUAGAAAUGAAACUGUCCUGUUAGAGAUGUCCAACAGGAUGUACAUAUAUGGCUUCUAUGAAGGAGCUGUGCAGUUACCCUUUUUAUCUUUGUUUUAGGUUUUUGUUUUGCAAAACAAUGACACUCAAAAUCCCUGAUUCGGGGACUUUUGCAGUUGUAUUUUAUUAUACAUUGUGUCCCAUUUUA